CAGAAGAAAAAAAAAAGAGAAGGAGCUUGGAUAGAGAAGUGGCUUUAGUGCUGUUGGUGGGACUGUGAGGUUCGGUUCUGUCUCUGUGUCCGAAAUUGGCCAGGAAAAGUUUCUCCAGCAUCAUGGGAAUCAGAAAGAAGAACAACAAAACUCCUCCAGUCCUGAGCCAUGAGUUCAUCAUUCAGAACCAUGCAGAUAUCGUGUCGUGUGUGGCCAUGCUCUUCCUGCUGGGACUCAUGUUCGAGAUCACGUCAAAGAUUGCGGUUUUGUUCAUAACGGUGCAAUACAACGUCACGAUAACAGCAAAUGAAGGUGCCGAGGAGACGCCAGUGAAUUAUUUCCACAACGGCCUGAAGGAUGUGGCCACCAUCUUCUUCUACAUGCUGGUGGCCAUCAUCAUGCAUGCCAUAAUCCAGGAGUACGUCCUCGAUAAAAUCAACAGGAAGAUGCACUUCUCCAAAACCAAACACAGCAAGUUCAAUGAGUCGGGCCAGCUCAGCACUUUCUAUAUGUUCUCAUGCUUGUGGGGAACCAGCAUUCUGGUUUCUGAGAACAUCCUGUCGAACCCGGUCAGUCUGUGGGAAGGCUACCCGCACACGUUAAUGCCGUUCCAGAUGAAGUUUUACUACAUCUGUCAGCUUGGUUACUGGUUCCAUUCUCUUCCUGAACUCUACUUCCAAAAGAUUAAGAAAGAGGACAUUCCUCGUCAGCUGGUUUACAUCACUCUGUAUACGGUGCACAUCGCGGGCGCUUACAUCCUCAAUCUGAACCGUCUCGGAGUGCUGCUGCUCGUGCUCCAUUAUUCCGUCGAGUUGCUCUUCCACGUGUCUCGUAUCAUUUACUUCAGUAACGAAGAGCGACAAGCAGGGUUCUCAUUGUGGGCCGUCCUGUUCGUCUUGGCCCGCUUGUUAACUCUGUCUCUCUCCGUCCUCACUGUGGGGUUCGGUUUGGCUGGAACUGAACGUCAGGGCCUCGACCUGGCCGAGGGAAACUACAACGUGCUGUUUGUGAGAGUGACCGUCCUGGCUGCGAUCUGCCUCACUCAGGCCUUCAUGAUGUGGAAAUUUAUCAACUUCCAGCUGCGGCGGUGGAGAGAACAUGCUCAGACCUCAGUGUCCUCAAAGAAAAAGUCUUCCUCCUCGAAGGGCAAGUCCAAGAAAGCCAACGGCGUGAACGGAUCGCUGAGUGCCAACGGAGCGGAUUCUCCCAGAGCCAGGAAGGACAAAUCAUCCUAAACCGAUCCUGCUGUUCAUUUCUUCUCCCCUCAUUGCCCCCCCUCUCCCUCUCUCUCUCCCGCUUGAUCAUUCCCAGCUAUGCGCUUCGGUCCCUUUUUGUUUGUUUGUUUGUUUGUUUUUUUAUUGAAUUGCAUUGCAUUUUCCAGUUCUUACGCACCUGAUUACACUCACCAGUAUGCAUGUGCCAAUAUUUUCAUAUCUCUAUACAUUGCUGGAACAUUUCCUCCACGAGAGGACUUGCCUUCUUUUCAACAAAUCUUGAAAGACCUUUUUUUUUUUUUUUGUGCUUCUUUACAAACAAUGGAUUUGUAUAUCGUGUCAGUAAUGCUGCCUAUUUUUCACAACUGUAAUAUAUAGAUGUAUUUUAUAAGCCAUUAAGGGCACAUGCCUGCUCGUCAGGAAAUCGGUGUGCUAAAUCCGCAUGCUGAUAGCUGGGAAAAGUGCUGUGCACAGGCUCAGGAACUGCCCUAUAGUCUUUUGGGCACAGUAGGAAAGUUACUUUAUAAAUGAUAAUAAAAAAAAAAAAAACUGCCCUUUAUAAAGGUGGGUGCUGAAUACUGUAUUGCACAGAGCUGUCUGUUCAUCACAGGAAGUGGGCUUUUUUUUUUUUUUUUUUCUUCUUCAUUCCCAAUUGUCUGACUAAAAGGGGCCAAAAGCUGCACGUUUUAAGCAGCAUUUUGCAUUUCCCAGGAUUCAUCUGUGCCAACACAUCAAGUGCCUGACUAUACCAAAUUUGUACAAACAUUUCAACAGGUAAAAUAAUUAUUAAAAAAUUAUAUAGAAAGCAGUGUGUAUUGUGUUCAAAGGUGCGGGUUGUCUGUCAAGAUAUCAAAGCCAACUAUUUGUGUGUGUGUGUGUGUGUGUGUGUGUGUGUGUGUCCAUUCUUUGUUUGCGUUUGCUCAUUUGUCCUGACCGCAGUAGUACCAUUUUUAGAAAGUUAAUUUAAUUAGAUACCUUAAGUCCUUAUUAGCACUGCAGUGCUUGCAUAGAUGAAGAAAGAAAUGUGUUUUGGAUUUAGAAAAAAAAUCAUUUGCCUUGCUUUUUUUUUUUUGGUUCCACCCAUGUGAUGAAACACCCAGGUAUAUUGUAGUGUGCCUUUCCACCAUCAUUUUCUUAAAAAAUUAUUUUGUUCUAUAAAAGAAACCAAACAAUCAAUAAAAUACAAUAGAAACUGUU